AUGGCCGCGGGCGUGGGCUUCCUCGGCGUCGCCGCGGGCGGCGCGCUCGCGACGCCCGCGCGGUCCGCGGCCGUCGCUCUGUUCGCCUUUUUCUUCGCCGCGCUCUGCGUCGCCUUCGCGCUGCCCCGCGGCGCCGCGCCGGCGACGGCGAGGGCGGCGGCGGCGCCCGGCGGCUUUUUCGCCGCCGUCGCGGAGCUCGCGCGGCUGCCGUCGGCCCGGAGCCCCGGCGGCCUCGUCGUCCUCUCGCUGCGCCUCGUCAUGGGCCUGUCGUUCCACGUCUUCAUGGCCGUCUGGCAGACGAGCCUCAAGGCGCGCUUCCCGGACUUUGGACCGUCGGACCACGCCAAGUUCAUGGGCUUCAUCGGCCUCGGCUACGCGGCGAGCCAGGGCCUGGUAUCCAAGCCCGCGAUCAAAUUCGCGGAGACGCGCGGCGGCGGCGAGAAGAACCUGCUCGUCGCCUGCUGCGCGUGCCUCAGCCUCGGCCGCGUCGCCGCGGUCGCCUCGACGUCGCUCCCGCUCGUCUACGCCGCCUACGCGCCGGUCAUCGUCGCGCUGGGUGUGGUGAACGCGGCCAUCACCGGCGCCGUGUCGCGCGUCGCGCCGCCGGACGAGCGCGGCACGUUCUUCGGCGUCGUCUCGGCCAUCGAGAGCUGCACGGGCAUCGUCGGCCCCAUGGUCGGCGGCGUCGUCUCCCUCAAAGGCACGGGCGCGGUCUGCGCCGUCGUCUGCGCCCUCUACGCCGCGGCGGCCGCCGACUCGCUGGCCAUGUGCAAGGCCGGCGCCUCGACCGCCGGCGCGGCCCUGGCCGUGGUGCUCACGUGCCUCUGCGUCUUCGUCAUGGGCGGCGUCGUCUUCGGUAUUUCGAGCUUCUAUCCCGUCCUCUACGGCCAGGGCCUCUACGAGGGCGAGUGCGCCGACCUCGAGGCCUGCCCGGCGGAGCGGCCCUGCUGCGCCAAGCAGCGGAGCUCCGUCGUCUUCCUCUCGUCGGCGUGCCUCUUCGCCGCCGACGGAAUAAUGGUCCUCUACGGCGAGCUCAACGACCGCGCGGGCCCGGCCGCGUGUUUGGCGUCCGGGUCGCUCCUCGCCGUCGCGUCGUUCCUGGGCCUCUGGCUGGCGGCGUGGUGGGAUUUAGGCGCGGCGGCCUGGUUCGCGGCCCUCCUCGGCCUCGGCCUCGCCGGGCCCGGCGUCUUCAUGGGCUGCCUGGGCUUCGGGGGCGCGUACCCGGCCGUCGAGCCCGUCGUGUCGGCCAUCGCCGCGGCCAUGUGGGACUCGUCGGCGAUCGUCUUCCUCAUCUGGGCCUUCGCCGCCAAGUUUUUGCCCCUCGCGCACGUCGCCUUCGCCUGGGCGCUCGGCGCGGCGGUCCUGGGCUUCGCGGCGUGGCGAUUGCUCAAGUCCGCGGCCGCCGGCGGCGACGGCGACCGCGGCGCGCCCCUCCUCGCCGAGGGCGCGCCCAAGGCGCCGCCGCCGCGGCUCCGCGACGUCUUCGCGCGGCGCGACUGGGCCUGGCUCCUCGCCUUCAUGGCGCUCUACAACCUGAAGUCGAGCGUCUACAUCGAGACCGUCAGUCUCGAGGUCCGCGCGCUCGGCGCGUUCUCCGAGGCCCAGGCGCGGCGCUUCGACGUCUUCUUCGACGUCGCCUUCCCCGCGGGCGGUCUGGCCACGUCCGUCGUCGCCGCCGCGUGCCUCCAGCGCUGGUCCAAGCGGCCCAAGGCCUACUUUGCGGUCGUCGUCGCGCUGGCCGUCGCGUUCGUCGCCGUCCAGCUCGCGCCCGCGCGUCCGGCGCAGUACGCCGCCGCCGCGCUCUUCGGACCCGCGCGGACGUUCCAGUGGGCGGCCUACUUCCACUUCGUCGAGUCGCAGCCCGACCGGUUCCCGCCCGCGCUCGUCGGCCGGCUCCUCGGCUACGGGAACUUGGUCAUCGCGGUCGUCGGCGACGGCCUGCCCUACGCGUGCGCGGCCUACGCCGGCGGCGCGCCCUGGCCGCCGUCCGCCGCGGGCCGCUACGUCGCGCUGCACGGCGCGCUGGCCGCGGCCGUCGUCGCCGCGGCCGCGGGCCUCUGCCGCGAGCUGCGGCGGCCGGAGGGCCUCGCGGAGCUCCACGUCUUCGACAUGGACGGCACGCUCCUCGUGAGUCGGGGCCGCGAGAUCAUCGUCGACGAGGCCACGGGCGCGCGCGCGGCCGUGCACCCCUUGAUCGAGGCGCACGUGACGAAGCCGCCGCGCCACUCGUCGUCCUACGCGUUCUGCGGCGAGGAGGACGCGCACGGCGACCCCUUCGAUUUGAUAGAAAACGCCGUCGUCGUCCCCGGCGCCGCCGCGGCCAUGCGCGCGGCCGCCGCGCGGCCCGGCUGCGGCGUCGCCGUGCUGACGGCGCGCGCGCACGACGCGGCGUGGCUCGCGGACAAGCUCUCGCAGAAGCUCGGCCUCCCGCGCGGCGCGCUGUCGCCGGCGCGCGUCCUCUGCGUCUACCACGCGGCCUUCGGCGCGUCCGGGUCGACGUCCGCGCGGAAGAACGCGGCGCUGCUCCGGCUCGUCGCGCAAACGCGGCCCCGGCGCGUCGUCUUCUACGACGACGUCGCGGCGAACGUGGCGGGCGCGCGGCGCCUCUUCGACGCGCGCGGCGACCUGCAGGGCAGGACAAGAGAGCGAAAUUCCCAACUUCAAAGGCUCAUAUCUCGGCCGUUUUCCACUCGCGACCUGCCGCCCCUCGAGACGGUCCUCGUGCCUCUGGCCGAGAGCCUCGCGGCGCUCGAGGCCGCCGGCGAGGACGUCGUCGACGCGCUCCACCCGCAGUGCCGCGACUCGACGGGGUCCCUGAACCCGCUCGCGCGCCUGCGCGAGCUUUUGAUGGCGAGCGACAGCGACAGCGACGACGGCGAGCACCCGCUUCCGCCGCGCGAGAGCGAGGGCAGCGUCGAGGCGGUGGAGCCCGAGCCGGCGCCGCCGACGCCGCCGCCGACCUACGAGGAUCUGCUCGCCGGGGCGAGCAACACACCGGAUGCAGCGGCCGAGGAGCGCGCGCGCGUCGAGGAAGCGCGCCGCGACGCGGAGAGACGCGACGCGGAGACGCGGGCCGCCGAGGAGGCGCAGAAGGCGCGGCGCGCGGCGGAGGCCAAGGUCGUGGCGGAGAUGCGCGUCGCCGAGGACGCGCGGCGCGCGGCGGAGGCCCAGGCCGCCGAGGACGCGCGGCGCGCGGCGGAGGCCCAGGCCGCCGAGGACGCGCGGCGCGCGGCGGAGGCCCAGGCCGCCGAGGAGGCGCGGCGCGCGGCGGAGGCCCGGGCCGCCGAGGAGGCGCGGCGCGCGGCGGAGGCCCGGGCCGCCGAGGACGCGGAGGCGGCGCGGCGCCGCGCUGAGGCCGAAGCCCGCGCCGAGGCCGACGCGCGCGUCGCGGCGGCGGCGCGCGCGGCCGAGGCGCCGCCGGCCUACGAGCCGCCGGUCGAGGCCGCGCGGAACCCGUUCGUCGACGACGCGGCCGCCGACGUCGAGGCGGCGCCGCGCAUGCCCGUGCUGAGCGUCGCGGACAUGGGGCUCGAGGAGGAGGCCGACGAGGACGAGCUCGACUUCGCCGCGCCUCCCGGCGACGACACGGCGGGCGACGAGGCGCUCGCGCGCGCGCUCGCGGGCGACGGCGCGGGCGACGAGGCGCUCGCGCGGGCCCUCGCGGGCGAGGGCGCGGGCGACGAGGCGCUCGCGCGGGCCCUCGCGGUCGGCGACGCGGCGCCCCCCGAGGACGCGGGCGACGACGCGGACCUCGCCGCGGCGAUCGCGGCGUCGCUCGCCGUCGACGCGCCGUCGGCGCCCGCGGGCGAGGCCGCGCGCGCGCCGGCGUCCUGGGGCGUCUGCGGCCAGGCGUCGGGCCUCGCCUUCGACGAGGGCCGGAGCUACGCGGCGCCGCUACGAGUGGACGCGGCGUGGGCCGACGUCGAGGCCCUGGUCGAGUCCGUGCUGGCGGCCCACGGCCUCGUGCGGUCGUCGCUGCCCGCGCUCGUCGACCCGUCGUCGUCGCUCUGCGAGGACCUGCCCUGUUUUUUAGCGGACGCGCGCGGCGCGCACCCCUUUGGUUUAGCCGUCGGAGGCGGCGCGACGCCGGACAAGCGGCGCGUGCUCUUCGUCGGCGCGCGCGACCCCGGCAGGCCCUGGACCCGCGAGGCCGACGGCGCGCGGGCCGCGGCGCUCCGCGCGGUGCGCGAGGCCGUCGCCGAGGCGGAUUUGGCGGAGCCGACGGUGUCGACGGCGCCGAAGACCGACGUCUGCGACGUCUUCUUAGCCGAUCUGCAGCGGGCCUACUUCGUGGAGCUCGAGGCCGCUUUGAAGGACGUCGCGGACCCGCUCGACGCGCUCGCGCACCGGGAAGAACUGAAAGUCGCGCGGCUCGCCGUGCUCCUGCGGCCGACGUUCGACGCCGCGGGCUUUUCGCCGCCGCCGCCGAGCCGGGCGCCGCCGCUCGCGAGCUUCCCGCUCGACUUGGCGCCCGGCGACGGGCUCGGCGCGUUCCCGGACGGGCCCGAGGCCGCCGCGCGGCGCAUUAGAAACGACGUCGGCGACGCGGGCGACGCCGCGGCGUUCCUCGCGGCGGCGCUCCGAUCCGUCGCGGCGCGGGCGGCCCGGGAGGCGCGCGCGCGCGUGGACCGCAAGAACAGGAGCGUCGCCGCGCGGCUGCGCAACGCCGAGACCUGCGCCGACGGCCUGGUCGACGCGCUGCGGGCCCGGCGCCUCGCGGCGCCCCGGCCGGCGCGCGGCGCCGAGGCCCAGUUCUCGAGCUUGUUCCGCGUCGCCAACACCGCCCGCGACGCGCUUUUGUACGACUGCGGCGCCGUGGACGCGACGUCGGUCUGCGAACACGGCUCCGGCCCGCCGCGCGCGGGGCGGCUCUACGUGGCGUCCUCGGGCGUCUUUUUCCACUCGCCGGGCCUCGCGGGCUUCGGCGCGCGCCAGAUCGUCCUCCCCUACUACGCCCUCAAGCCGCCGGAGGUCGUCGACGGCCCGCUGCCCGGCGGCGGCCUCGCGGCCGUGGCGACGAAGCUCGCCGCGGCGCUCGUGCGCGCCACGGACGGCCGGCUGGGCCGCCUCCGCUUCGUCGACGACUGUGUCGACGAGAGCGGCCGCGCGACGGCGUUCCUCGUGCCGCCGUCGCCGCUCGACGCGGACCACGCGCGGCAGAUCGCGGGCCUCGCGGCGCGCGCCGCGGCGCUGGACGCGGCGGCGCGGGCCGCGCGCGCGGUGUCCGCCGCGCCGUCGAGCCCGCGCGGGCCCGCGUCGGAGGCGGAGAUACUGGCGCGCGUGCGGCGCCUCUCGGAGCUGUCCGCGCGGAACUCGCGGCUCCUGCGCGCCGUCGCCGACGAGCCGCCGCCGCCGGCGACGCCGCUGGACCUGCUCUCCGGCGUCGACGUCCUCGAGGCGGGCCGGCGCGCGACCGCGGCCGUCGUCGAGGCGGGCCGCCGCGCGUCCGCGGCCGUGCUCCCGGAGAACGAGGAGGCGCGCGACAAGCGCGACCUCAUCGCGCGCCUCGGUGCGACCCCGCCGGGCGACGCGGAGCCCGAGGCGCCGCCGGCCUACGACGCCGCCGCGCCGCAGCGCGGGAACCUCGACGCGUUCCUCGCGGCCGCGCGGAGCUCCUAA